UGCACAGUGUCAACAGGAAGCAUUUAGUAGGUUGAGAUUGCACAUUAAAAAAGGCUGUCCAUAGAGCUCUGGGAUCGGUGCGCUGUUCAAAUUUAGCCUGGAAGGAGCCCAGGCCUGCUUUAUAGACUGAAACAGAAACAGAAGUCGCAGGGAACACUCAGCAGAGAGAUGCCCAUCUCUCUGCAUUUCGCCGCCAAUCUUUCCUGGCUCUUCCCAGAGGCACAGACUCUGCCCCAACGUGUGAAGGCAGCUGCAGCGACGGGUUUCAAAGCAGUGGAGGUGGCCUGGCCGUACGAGACCGAGGUGACGGAGGUGAAGAAGGAGCUAGAGAAGAACAAAGUGGAGAUGGUAUUGAUUAAUACACCUCCAGGGAUUUUAGCCCGGGGAGAGCUUGGACUCGGAGCUGUUGUUGGACAACAAGAUGAAUUCCGAUCGGGCCUGGAUCUGGCAGUGAAAUACGCUAAAGCCCUGGAUUGCAAAAGGAUCCAUCUGAUGGCAGGAAGAGUUCCAGCGGGACAGGACAAAGCAUCUGUUACUAAAAAGAUGGAGUGCACAUUUAUUGAGAACCUGAAGUAUGCCGCAGACAUCCUCUCAAAGGAGGGGAUUCUGGGCUUGGUUGAACCCAUUAACAAUCGAAUAACAGAUCCCAAUUACUUCCUGAACACCCCACACCAAGCUGUGCAGAUUCUGCAGAAGGUGGACAGACCGAACAUGAAGCUCCAGCUGGAUGUAUUUCACUGGCAGAUAAUGGAUGGUAAUCUCACUCAGAACAUCAACACCUACUUCCCGCUGAUAGGUCAUGUCCAAAUCGCACAAGUUCCUGGUCGGAAUGAACCUGAUAGUCCUGGUGAGGUCAACUACAGCUACAUAUUCAACCUGCUGGAAGAGUUGGGUUACCAAGGGUAUAUAGGCUGCGAGUAUGCUCCAAAAGGCAACACAGUGGAUGGCCUUGGUUGGUUGAAGACUUACUGGAACAGUCGGGGACAGCCUUGAAUCAACCCUCCUGGAACAGAAGCCAACAGUGGAGGUGGGGAACAUCUUACUCCAGAAUCUACCUCAUGAAUAACCGAGGGACAGUUUAAUUUGUAAGAAAUUAGGUGCUGAUUCAUCCUGAACGUGUGGCUGUGAAGAGGAAGUUCAUUUGAACACCUGCUCACAGUACAAGGCCCAGUGCUUGAAUGAUGGCUUUUGAUAAACACCAUUCAUCAAUUUCACAUUUUAGUAAUUUCCUUUGAACGGGUUUUUAAAAAAAAGUUGUAAAAGUUGGUUUGCCCGUUGCACAUCAGUUAUGAUGGGGGUGAAAGGUCCUACUUCCAAUUGGGGAGGUUAGAGUAAGAAUGGAGAGGAAAAAAAAGCAAUGGAGUCCUGAGAAUAACCCUGUGUGGCUUCUAUUAACACACAAUUCAGAAACUAAACUGCAUGUGCCCUUAAGAGUGCAGCAGGAACAGAAUGAUGGGAAGGUUGGGCGAUGCAGUGAGUUAGCACGGUGUUCUCUCUCCUCUGGGAGCAGGGGUUGGAAUCCAGCUCAGAAUAAUGAGAUAAAAAAUUCAGUUUAUGAGGAUUAUAAGUGAACCAUGUUCAGCCUCUUAGAGGACUCACAUUUCAGAGAUUGGCAGCCUGACUCGGAGAGACUACCUAGUGUGACAAAUUGAAAAUGUUACGCUGGCUGGAGGUUUGCUUUGGGUUGAAGGGUUGUACUCUGCCUGUGUUAUUAUACCCAACCAGUGAGUGCUUGCUGGUGGGAUUCAGGCGUCAAGAAAAAAAAUGCAAAUAUUUCCCAGAACUCACUUUCAUGACAAGAAAAAUUCAAGUGAAAUAAAUUAAGCAAACCUGAGUACUGUGUGUGUGCCUUGCGUUAAAAUCCUUGAUUCCCCUGCAGGGUAAGGAAACUAGCUAGUGUUGGAAGCCGGAUUACUGCACAACUGAGCCACAUUAGACUCAAAGAAAAUGUGUUUGACCAAAACAUGUUGCUAACAGGCCUGCCCCUCCAAGGGCUAUUAAAAUAUACUCGAGAGACGCAGGUUUGAGAAUCAUUUGAGGUGAGGAUUAACAAGAUAAUGUGGAAAAAUGUAACCAGCGUUCAAACCGUCUAGGUUUGCUGUGACAGACAGUUCCAGUUUCUAUCAGGGCUAUGUCUAAUCACUGAAAUGCUCUUUUGGGGGAUAUGAUGCUGUACUGCGAAACCUACUGAUUCUAAUAAUCCUUCAAAGACAGCAGCAGGAAAUCUCUAAUCACGAUGGUCAAAUUCGCUGCCAGAGUCAUUGUAUUCAAGUCCAACUAGCAGCUGUGUUAGAUUGGCAUGAUUGAAGGAAACGUUUUGGUCCAUUUGAUCUCAUCCUUCCAGAACACCCAUCUGACUGCCCUCCCAUCACAGCAUCAAGAUACAGAGCGGAAUGAAGCCAAAUACACUGUUGGUAUUUCUAAUAAUAUAGUAUUUCUAAUUAAAUGAUUCCAAUCAUA